GCCCAGGAGGUGUCUGAACCCUCUGACAGUCGAUAUGGGAGUCACCCAUGGCAAGAAGAGAGAUCUCCAACAUUUGCCACAUAGAGGAAAGAAACACCUAGACAAGUCUGUCUCAGAAAUGCAGACACACCAAACUGAACAGAAGGACCUACACUCAGAGCUCCAGGCUCCUCAUCUACAGAUUGAAGUGGAGAGCGGUGAUCUCAUCAUACCCCAAAAACCACUCAAUCCUUUAACAGCCUCCAAGAGCCACAACGAGCUCCACAGAGAACUGCGCCUGACCCACAACAGGAGAGUGUCGCCUAAAGGAAGGAGUGAGCUCCAAAGAGCUUUAGAAAAGAGGAAAUGGGAACAAAAGAUGAAGGGGAGCAGGGAUCAGGAAGAGACACAGAGGAGCGGAUCACCGCUUCAACAACAAAUGCUGGAAAGACAAAAGCUGGAGAGAGACAGAGAGCGACAGCUAGAGGUGCCAGAGUUCCUCCAAGUUAAAGAAAGACUGAGGAGAACUCCUGUGUUGGAUGCAGGAGAAAAAUGAGUGUGACAGUGAUGAGAGUCAACGUGUGUCUUCUGUGUUCAGAAAGCCCAAUGAACUGUUGGGAAUAAGUGGUUUACAAGAUGAAAGAUCUCCUCUAUAGGAGCUAGUUAAUUGUUUUAGCGCAGCAUCUGAGAACUAGAGUCAUCGUAAAUACAGCAGCUAUACAACUUUCAUUCACUUUAAAGUAAAUUUACUCGCUAAUACCAUUGUUCUAUUGUGUUACAUAUUAGUUCAUGUCUUAAGUUGGAUGGUAAACAGACUUGAGCUUAGUGCUUUUCUUGUCUUCUGACUACUCAAAGCACUUUUUACAGUGAAGGUCACAUUUACCCACUCACACCACAUUCACACUGAUGUCAGUGUGUAUGUAAACUGCUCAUUAGUAUUAACUAAUCCCAUUACAUAUUCGCAUCGCCACUGAGGCAGCAGAGGGAGUGAUUUGGGGUUCAGUGUCUUCCCAAAGGAAACUUCUUCAAGUGGCUGCUUGAAACCCUGACCUUCUGGUUUUAGAGACGACCAACUACCACUGAGCCUGUG